UCAAAGCAAACUGCCCCGCUCUAAAAUGGAAACCAAGCAAGGCAAAGGGUGUACUGUAAAGAGUGACGUGUCGGAUACGAAAUAUUAAAGAAAAAAAGAAAAAUACUCGUUCAAUAUUGUUCAGAGUCUACAGCACCAGUUAGGGCGGGAAGUCGAAAAAAUUCACAGCUAAUAACAUGCCCGAACGAGACAUGAACUUGCGCGAGGGUGCUAAGGUGUGGGUUGAAGACAAGAACUUGGCCUGGGUAGCCGCUGAAAUUAUUGAUCUUAGAGGCAAACAGGUCCAAGUCCAAGCCGCCUCUGGUAAAACGGUGUUGGCGUUGCCAGAGAAAUUGUUUCCUAGAGAUGCAGAUGAAGAGGAAGAACAUGGCGGUGUUGAUGAUAUGACAAAAUUGACUUAUUUGAAUGAGCCUGGCGUUCUCUAUAAUCUUCAGAGGAGAUAUGCUUUGAAUGAUAUUUAUACAUAUACAGGAAGCAUUUUGAUAGCAGUUAAUCCAUUCACAAAGCUUCCUCAUCUUUACAAUGUGCAUAUGAUGGAGCAGUACAAGGGUGCUCCAUUUGGGGAGCUAAGUCCCCAUGUUUUUGCUGUGGCUGAUGUAUCAUAUAGGGCAAUGAUGAAUGAGGGCCGAAGCCAGUCUAUACUAGUCAGUGGAGAAAGUGGGGCCGGUAAAACUGAGACAACAAAGCUAAUUAUGCAAUAUCUUACUUUUGUUGGAGGCCGUACAGCCGGUGAUGACCAAAGUGUCGAGCAGCAAGUUCUUGAAUCAAAUCCACUGUUGGAGGCUUUUGGAAAUGCAAGGACUGUUAGAAAUGACAAUUCGAGUCGUUUUGGCAAGUUUGUUGAGAUCCAAUUUGAUGCAAAUGGUAGAAUAUCUGGUGCUGCAGUUAGAACUUACCUUCUUGAACGGUCCCGUGUUGUUCAGAUAACAGAUCCUGAGAGGAAUUAUCAUUGCUUCUAUCAGUUGUGUGCAUCUGGGAAAGAUGCAGAAAAGUACAAAUUAGGCCAUCCAAGCCACUUUCAUUAUUUAAAUCAAAGUAAGACAUAUGAACUUGAAGGAGUGAGCAAUGCAGAGGAAUAUAUGAAGACAAGGAGGGCAAUGGAUAUUGUUGGAAUCAGUCAUGAGGACCAGGAAGCUAUAUUUCGCACUUUGGCUGCUAUUUUGCACCUGGGAAACAUUGAAUUUUCCCCUGGAAGAGAGCACGAUUCUUCAGUUAUUAAAGAUCAGAAAUCUACUUUCCAUUUGCAGACGGCUGCUGAUCUUUUUAGGUGUGAUGUGAACCUCUUGUUGGCGACAUUGUGUACUCGUACCAUUCAAACCCGUGAAGGUAGUAUUGUUAAAGCUCUUGAUUGUAAUGCUGCUGUGGCUAGUCGGGAUGCAUUGGCAAAAACAGUUUAUUCUCGAUUGUUUGAUUGGCUUGUUGAUAAGAUUAAUUUGUCUGUGGGGCAAGAUCCGGAUUCCCGUGUACAAAUUGGAGUUUUGGACAUCUAUGGAUUUGAAUGCUUUAAGCAUAAUAGUUUUGAGCAAUUUUGCAUUAAUUUUGCGAAUGAAAAGCUUCAGCAGCAUUUCAAUGAGCAUGUAUUCAAGAUGGAGCAGGAUGAAUAUAGGAAAGAAGAAAUUAAUUGGAGCUACAUCGAAUUUAUAGACAACCAAGAUGUUCUGGAUCUGAUUGAGAAGAAACCCAUUGGGAUAAUUUCUCUCUUGGAUGAAGCUUGCAUGUUCCCAAAAUCCACACAUGAAACAUUUUCGACCAAAUUGUUUCAGAAUUUCCGAGGUCACCCGAGAUUGGAGAAGGCUAAGUUUUCAGAAACAGAUUUUACUGUUUCCCAUUAUGCUGGCAAGGUUACUUAUCAAACAGAUUCCUUUAUAGACAAAAACCGGGAUUAUGUUGUAGUAGAACAUUGUAAUCUCUUGGCUUCUUCUAAAUGCCAAUUUGUGGCGAGUCUUUUCCCUUCACCUCCGCAUGAAUCUUCAAGAUCAUCGUACAAAUUUUCUUCAGUCGCCACAAGAUUUAAGCAACAACUUCAAGCACUCAUGGAAACCCUCAACUCAACAGAACCUCAUUAUAUACGCUGUGUGAAGCCAAACUCAUUGAACCGACCUCAAAAAUUUGAGAACCUCAGUGUCCUUCAUCAACUGCGUUGUGGGGGUGUUCUGGAGGCUGUUCGAAUAAGUCUAGCUGGCUAUCCAACUCGACGAACUUAUUCUGAAUUUGUGGAUCGCUUUGGCUUGUUAGCUUCAGAAUUCAUGGAUACAAGUUACGAUGAAAAGGCAUUGACAGAGAAAAUUCUGCAGAAGUUAAACCUUCAAAAUUUUCAGUUGGGCAAGACAAAAGUGUUUCUUAGGGCUGGUCAGAUAGGUGUUUUAGAUUCACGACGAGCUGAGGUUUUGGAUACAUCUGCGAAACAUAUUCAGCACCGUUUGCAGACAUUUAUUGCCCGUAGAAAGUUUAUUUCAGCUAGGUUUGCUGCAAUUGCACUCCAAGCAUAUUGCAGAGGAUGCCUUGCUCGAAAGAUGUUUUCUGCAAGAAGAGAGGCAGCAGCAGCUGUUUGUUUACAGAAAUAUGCCCGAAGGUGGCUAUUGAGGCAUGCUUAUCUGAAACUAUUCUCAGCAGCUGUUUUUAUACAGUCCAACAUCCGUGGCUUUUCAACUCGUCAAAAGUUUUUGCAUGGAAAGAAGCAUCGAGCUGCCACUGUGAUCCAGGCUCAUUGGAGAUUGUACAGAUUCCGCUCUGCUUUCCAUAAUUAUAAAAAAUAUAUCAUUGCAAUACAGUGUCGUUGGAGGCAAAAAGUUGCAAAAAGAGAACUCCGAAGGCUUAAGCAAGAGGCUAAUGAAGCAGGUGCCUUACGGUUAGCUAAGAACAAGCUUGAAAAGCAAUUAGAAGAUCUCACAUGGCGACUGCAUCUAGAAAAACGAAUGCGGGUUUCCAAUGAAGAUACGAAGUCAGUUGAAGUUUCAAAACUUCAGAAAGCAUUGGAAUCUUUGAAGCUUGAGUUAGAUGCAGCUAAGCUGGCAACAAUUAGUGAGUGCAACAAGAAUGCAGUGUUGCAAAAUCAAUUGGAAUUAUCAAGAAAAGAAAAGUCUUCUUUUGAAAAGGAACUUACUAUGAUGGCUGAAAUGAGAAAGGAAAAUGCAUUACUUAAGAGUUCUUUGGAUACCUUGGAAAAGAAGAAUUCUUCCCUGGAGCUUGAGCUCAAGAAGGCUGUACAAGAUGCCAAUGAUACGAUUGAAAAAUUGCAGGAAUUGAAACAAAACAAUUCUGAGCUCCAGAAUAACAUGAAAAGUCUGGAGGAGAAGCUCUCCCAUUUAGAAGAUGAAAAUCUUGUUCUACGUCAAAAAGCAUUGACUCCGUCCCCGAAGAGCAACCGUGCUAGCUUUCUAAAGUCAUUUUCAGAAAAAUAUGGUAGUACACUUAGUCUUCCUCAGACUGACCGGAAGCAAGCAUAUGAAUCUCCCACACCUUCAAAACUUAUUGUACCUUUCUCACAUAGCAUGUCAGAAUCAAGAAGGCCUAAACUAACAGCAGAGAGACAACAGGAAAAUUAUGAAUUUCUUUCAAGAUGUAUCAAAGAAAAUUUGGGGUUUCAGAAUGGUAAACCGCUGGCUGCUUGUAUCAUAUACAAAUGUCUUCAUCAUUGGCAUUCCUUCGAGUCUGAACGGACUGCUAUAUUUGACUACAUAAUAGAAGGAAUCAACGAUGUUCUGAAGGUUGGGCCUGAAAAUGCAACCUUACCUUAUUGGCUGUCCAACACCUCAGCACUUUUGUGUCUCCUGCAAAAAAAUUUACGAUCAAAUGGCUUUCUUUCUGUUGCAACUCAACGUUCUGGAGGAAAUACUGGUUUAGCUGGAAGGGUUUCCUAUGGUCUAAAAUCCCCUUUCAAAUACCUCGGGUUUGAAGAUGGUAUGUCACAUAUAGACGCGAGAUAUCCAGCAAUACUAUUCAAACAACAACUGACAGCCUGUGUUGAGAAGAUUUUUGGCUUGAUUCGUGACAACAUUAAGAAAGAGUUAUCUCCGCUUUUGGGACUCUGCAUUCAGGUGCCAAAAAAUGCACGAAUGCUUGCUGGGAAAUCAAGAUCUCCUGGAGGGCUUACCCAACAGUCACCUAGUAGUCAAUGGGAUAGCAUCAUCAAAUUCUUGGAUUCCCUUAUGGAUCGGUUACGUGAAAAUCAUGUACCCUCUUUCUUCAUUCGUAAGCUAAUAACUCAGGUUUUCUCCUUCAUCAAUAUGUCUCUUUUCAACAGUCUUUUACUUCGACGAGAAUGUUGCUCGUUCUCAAAUGGAGAAUAUGUUAAAUCUGGCCUAGCAGAACUAGAGAAAUGGAUAGUCAAUGCAAAGGAGGAGUUUGCAGGAACCUCUUGGCAUGAGCUAAACUAUAUUAGACAAGCUGUUGGCUUUUUGGUCAUACAUCAAAAGAGAAAAAAAUCUUUGGCUGAGAUAAGUAAUGAUUUAUGUCCGGCGUUGACUAUUAGGCAAAUUUACCGAAUAAGUACCAUGUACUGGGAUGACAAAUAUGGUACCCAAAGUGUGUCAAAUGAGGUUGUUGCUGAAAUGAGGGAGAUGUUGAACAAGGACAGCCAAUAUCUGGCCUCAAACUCAUUCUUGCUGGACGAUGAUCUCAGCAUUCCAUUCUCAACUGAAGAUAUAGAUAUUGCAAUACCAGCAAUAGACCCCUCGGCCAUUGAACUCCCUGGAUUCUUAUUGGAAUAUUCGUGUGCACAGUUUCUAACUCAGAAUCAAAAGUAAGCCCGCAGCAUGAUUCGGAUGCAGUUAUUUGAACCCACAGCAUAGCUGGUGUUGAAAGUUAAUGCAUCGAAGAUAAAAGAUUUGCGCUGCAAAGAAUCUAUAUACUUGUGAAAUUGCAUCUAUAAACUGCCAUCUCUCUUGGUGGCAUCCGCAAUGGGUAGUGGUAGGACGUAGGUAACCACAAUAUUGGCAUUGUUUAGGGAUAGGCCAUUUGUAUGUUUUUGAAUUGAGAAGGAUGCUUCUUGUAUUUUUUACCUGUGAAGCUUGUCCUCUCCUUUUUCAUCCUUCAUUCACAUUUGGUUUUAACUGUAAAAAUGCUUUCAUGUUGUAUUCUUAUGCUUGUAUAAAGAACGUUUAGAUUGUACAUAGAAUUGCCAUUACUGUUCCUG